CACCGCCGUCAAAUACUUCCCUCGUUGUUAACAUAAACUACAAUCUCAAAAGUAUGAGCCAAAAGGGUCAGUUGAAAUUAGAUAAGUUUUUCAAAGUUAAGAAUAAUAAUGUGUUCAACAUGAAAGGAGCAAAGAAGAAGAAAUUAAAUUUAUCAUUGUCAAAGAAACAAAUGGAAUCACCGAAAUUGUCACAAAAGGAUUUAAAUAUACCAGAAGUGGUAGAUUUGACCAGCGAUGAUGAAAACCAAGGGGCAGUGGAACUUAACAGCAGUGCCACUUCUAAUACCUCAAACACUACAGUUGAAUACAAUGUUGAGAAGAAUAGUCCCCCGGGACCAUCAAAAUUCCUCAGUCCUAAGUCAAAAAAGAAGUUUUACUCACCAAAUAAGAAAAGGACUGUUCCUAUCAGAAGUCCGAUCAAAGCAAAGAGAAAUUUAAAUCCAUCGUUGGGCUCUGGAGAUGUUAAGGAUGAGGAAUUCAUUGAAAUAACCAAGGGUUUGGAUGAUAAUACGAUUUUUCUCAUGAAAAUAAUCUUUGAACUUUUAAAUGAUAGAAAUUUACGGUGUCUCAUGAACGAUAAGUCAUUGAACCUCUUUGAAAAGAUUACUGAAGCAACACCUCCAGGAAAGAGGAUAGUAUGCAGAUUAUAUUGGCAGGUAGAGCAGUGGUGCAAAUGGAAGAAAAUAAAGGAUAAUGCAUGCAAAAACAAGACUAAUAUUGAUGACCCAACUGUGCGGGUUGCAUUAAACUAUCUAAUCAAACAUGGAUUUAUCACUGUAGCGCAAUUUAAUGGGCAGAAACAUGAAUUGGAAUUUGAUGAAUUAGUUAAAAUUAUGUAUGCCGAAGAAUUGUUAGAAAUAUGCAGUGGGCUGAAAAUUAAAGCAAAAACUAAAGAGGUGGCCAUACAAUCAUUGAGGGAUUUUAUGUGUAAAAAGACAAACAUUACAAACUAUUUCCAAGGCAGUAAAAGUAAUAAUGAAACUCGCCUUAUGAAGAUAUUAGGUGCGAAAGCUGGUACAUGUUAUAAGCUUGCCAGUCAAGCUCGCGAAGCACUGAAUGAACUGCACAUCUUAAUGUACCUGGGCAUGGACUACAGCAUAAUCAGGGAUGGCAAAUUGGAACUGACACUCUUGAACGAAAAAUCAAAGCGCGAGACCUAUCCUAUUGAUAGCGCCCUGGUGGACAAUGCGAGUGUAAUCUUUAAGAAUAGACAAGAAUUUGAACGCUACAUUUACGCACAUUCUAUUCACGAAGAGUUUUUGGCUAAAACUAAUUUAACAGAAAGAUGCAGGCUAAUUGAAACUGUUUUUAAUAUUUUCAAAGGCAUUCCUAAAGAAGAAGUGAUCAGUUACACAACACUUCCGGUAUGGUUACGGCGCUUCACACCACCACACAUAUACGUGAGAAUUUUAGAAGAAGGCAUCAUCGACUUGAAGAAGAACAAGAGCAAUGGCAGUCUGGUGAAUGACAUACUGGCAGCGCUCAUCGGACAAGACAUAUUCAGGCAACACAAGAAAGCGAAGUGGAUUGCAGAGAGAGCCCUAAUUUUGGACAAGCUCUUGGGGAAGCCUGAUCAGGCUGCACAAGUUUUGAUAGAAGGAUUUAAAUCAGAGCUAGCAACUGAAGCCGAGCAGUUGUUAUACCCGCGGGCUCUUCGACUAGCAAAUCGUAUAACAAACGCAAUCGAUGAGAAAUCAGCACUUCUAUUGAAAGUGCACGCGCAGACGUGUGCUACGUGGGAGAAAGAGAUAGCUGCGAGGCACAUUUAUAAAGUACCUAUGGACAACUAUAGCAAGGGAAAAAUAAGGUUUGUGGAGUUUAUUAACGGCACGAAAACUUUCCUGAAUGCCGAGGAGUACUGUAUAUAUGACUACGUUCAUGUAGAUUCAACGUACACACACGGUGGGCACUGGGAGGGCAAAAUAGUUACUACUUUAUUCUUCUUGCUAUUCUGGGAUAUAAUAUACGCCCCUUUACGCGGCGUUCGUGGAUUAUUCCUAUCGCGAUACCAGUCGCAGCCUCUGGAUUUGUUCACGGACAGCUUCUACGCCAACCGACAGCCGAUGAUCGAGAACAGGUUGAAGGAGAUAGAGGAGUCUACCGAAGCUGAUAUGUUAGUGCGGAUGCAGGACACGUGGCUGAGCAGACCAGAGACUGACGUAUCAAGGGGCAUACAUCGUGACAUCGGGUGGGACGGCAUAAGCGCGGUAGCAUCGUGUCUGGGCCCGAACCGUGUGGCAGUGCUGUGUCGACGUUUGGCCACAAAGUACCACUACGCGCACAGCGGUUUCCCGGACCUCACACUGUGGAACGUUCUAACUAAGCAGAUUGUAUUCGUGGAAGUGAAGACGGAUUCAGACAAGCCGUCAGUGAAGCAAAAGCAAUGGAUGCACUACCUAAAGGACAACAAAAUUAACGUCGAGUUCUGUUACAUAGGCGUUCACACCAAACGCACCCAGUCUAGGAACUGUGGAGAGAUUGAAUAUUUCGACGACUCUGAUUAGAUGAGAUGAUGCCGAUUCGAUAUUCAUCUUGAUUUGCCUGAUUUACCCAUCGAUCACUUUUUAUUAGUGAUCGAUGUAUUUACCAGAAUAUUCUGUUAAAAAUGGCGGCAUUACUUUAAGUAAAAGUCAAAUUUCUUGAUACAAAUAGGCACAUAUAAAUAUGUACCUACAUAUAAGUGAGUUGACGUUACAACCAAGAAACAGUAGGCCCACUACAGGGCACGUGUCUCCUCCCGCAAUGAGAAGGGGUCCACCACGCUGUCCGAGUUCGGAUUGGUGGACUCCACAUGCCUUUGAGAAUAUUGAAGAGAACGAUCAAGCUUUCACGUUUCCUCGCGAUGUUUUCCUCCAACGUUGAAGCAAGUGAUAUUUUAAUCGCUUAAAACGCACAUAACUUAGAAAAGACGAUCGAUUGAUCCCUGCACGCAUCUUUAACUUUACGGAGUAAUUUGCGUUCGUUAUAAUUUAAUUUAAGCAGUUAAAUAUAACUUUGUUUAACGGGGAAAGCAAACAUCCGGCAAACACUUAUACCGGUUACCUCACAUCUUGAGGAAACCGGUAUAAGUGAGAGUUCUCCAAAUAUUGAAAACGGCGUGUGAAGUCUACCAAUCUGGUAAACUACGGCCUAAACCGUUCUCAUUCUGAGAAGAGACCUAUCCUUGCCAGUAAUGGAGUUGAUGACGAUGGUGAUAAUAAAUAUAAAUAAAUAUACUACGACAACGCUUAC